AGAGACUCCUUGCUGCCGGAGAAAGAAAAACGAACCGGUCAAAACACGCAACGUGCCCAGCGAGGACUUUGCCAGGAUUCCGUGACGAGACAACAAUGGCCGCUCAGAGGAACAGCUGGGACCGCGGCGCGCUGGCUCUGCUCUGCCUUUUCCUCGGUGUGCCCUGGGAGGCUGGGGCCCGGCAGAUCCGCUACUCGGUGCCUGAGGAGCUGGACAAAGGCUCCUUCGUGGGCAACAUCUCCAAGGACCUGGGGCUGGAGCCCCGGGAGCUGGCGGAGCGCGGAGUCCGCAUCGUCUCCAGGAGCAGGACGCAGCUCUUCGCUCUGAGCGCGCGGAGCGGCAGCCUGGUGACCGCGGGCAGGAUCGACCGGGAGGAGCUCUGCGCCCAGAGCGCGCGCUGCCUGGUGAGUUUUAACGUUCUUGUGGAAAACAGGGUGAAACUUUUCGGGAUAGAAGUAGAAGUAACUGAUAUCAACGAUAAUGCCCCCAAAUUCCAAGCAGAAAAUCUAGACGUAAAAAUUAAUGAAAAUGUCGCUCCGGGAAUGCGCUUCCCUCUCCCGGAAGCCGUGGACCCGGAUGUGGGCGUGAACUCCCUACAGAGCUACAGGCUCAGCCCCAAUAGGCACUUCUCGCUGGCAGUGCAGAGCCGCGCCAGUGGCGUCAAGUACCCGGAGCUGGUGCUGGAGAGCGCCCUGGAUCGCGAGGAAGAGGCACAGCACCAGCUGGUCCUCACUGCCUCCGACGGGGGCGACCCUCUCCGCUCUGGCACUGUCCUCAUCAGUGUCACUGUCUUCGAUGCAAAUGACAACGCACCUGUCUUCACCUUGCCCGAAUACCGAGUGAGUGUUCCGGAGAACUUGCCUGUGGGCACACAGCUGCUGACAGUCACUGCCACCGACAGGGACGAAGGAACCAAUGGAGAAGUGACAUAUUCAUUCCGAAAACUACCUGAUACACAAUUGCUGAAAUUCCAACUAAACAAAAAUACCGGAGAAAUAAAAAUAUCAGAAAAUCUAGAUUAUGAAGAGACAGGUUUCUAUGAAAUAGAAAUACAAGCAGAAGAUGGAGGAGCAUAUCUUGCAACUGCAAAAGUGUUGAUUACAGUAGAAGAUGUAAAUGACAACAGUCCAGAAGUGACCAUCACAUCUCUGUUUAGUCCCCUAAAGGAAGAUUCACCUCUGGGGACUGUUGUAGCUCUUUUAAACGUGCAUGAUCUAGACUCUGGGCAGAAUGGACAGGUCACCUGUUCCAUAUCAGGAAAUCUACCGUUUAAGCUAGAAAAGUCCAUUGACAGUUAUUAUAGAUUGGUGACAUACCAGGCUCUUGACAGGGAACAGGUAUCCUCUUACAAUAUUACUGUAACAGCAACAGACGGAGGAAGUCCACCCCGAUCAACAGAAACUCACUUCACCCUGCAAGUGGCAGAUAUCAAUGACAACCCACCCACCUUCUCUCACAUAUCCUAUUUUACCUAUAUCCCAGAGAACAACCCAAGAGGUGCCUCCAUCUUCUCUGUGACUGCACUAGACCCAGACAGCAAAGAGAAUGCUCAGGUUAUUUACUCCCUCACUGAAGACACCAUCCAGGGGGCACCUCUGUCCUCCUAUGUCUCCAUUAACUCUGACACCGGAGUCCUGUAUGCACUUCGAUCCUUCGACUAUGAGCAGUUUCGUGACCUACAGAUGCAGGUGACGGCGACUGAUAGUGGGGACCCACCACUCAGCAGCAAUGUGUCACUGAGUCUGUUUGUGCUGGACCAGAAUGACAAUGCUCCAGAGAUCCUGUACCCCUCGCUCCCCACAGAUGGCUCCACUGGUGUGGAGCUGGCACCCCGCUCUGCAGAACCCGGAUACCUGGUGACCAAGGUGGUGGCAGUAGACAGAGACUCAGGCCAGAACGCCUGGCUGUCCUACCGCCUGCUCAAGGCCAGCGAGCCAGGGCUCUUUGCGGUGGGGCUGCACACGGGCGAGGUGCGCACUGCGCGGGCGCUGCUGGACAGAGACGCGCUCAAGCAGAGCCUGGUGGUGGUGGUCCAAGACCAUGGCCAGCCUCCUCUCUCGGCCACUGUCACGCUCACUGUGGCCGUGGCUGACAGCAUCCCAGAUGUUCUGGCCGACCUGGGAAAUCUUGAGCCCUCCACCAACCCUGNAGCCCUCCGCCAACCCUUAGACUCUAGCCUCACGCUGUACCUGGUGGUGGCAGUGGCUGCUGUCUCCUGUGUCUUUCUCGCCUUUGUCAUUGUGUUGCUGGCACUCAGACUGCGGCGUUGGCACAAGUCACGCCUACUCCAGGCUUCAGGAGGCGGGUUGGUGGGCGUGCCCGCCUCGCACUUUGUGGGCGUGGACGGGGUGCGGGCUUUCCUGCAGACCUAUUCCCACGAGGUCUCCCUCACUGCGGACUCGAGGAAGAGCCACCUGAUUUUUCCGCAGCCCAACUACGCAGACACGCUCAUCAGCCAGGAGAGCUGUGAGAAAAAGGAUCCUUUGUGNAGAGCCACCUGA